GCGCUGUGUGCACCUUGCCUUGACGCUCAGUAGUGUUCUAAGUUCUAACCGCUCCGGACUAGUUCGGUAAGACUCGGUGCGCGCUCUCGGUCCACAAACCUUCCAAGGUGUCAAGGAAACGGUCAAGAUGCUGGUGUUACGGUACCUGGCAUCGUUUUACCAUUACGCCAACUAUGAAGUCAGCGAUCCCCGCGUUAAUGGCUGGUUCCUGAUGGGUACACCCUGGCCCGGUGCUGCCAUCCUCGGGCUGUAUCUGAUGUUCGUGCUCAAAUGGGGCCCAAAGUGGAUGGAAAACCGGAAACCGUUCCGUAUCGACGCCAUCAUCAAGUACUACAAUCUGGCCCAGGUCAUCAUCUGUGCGUACCUGUUCGUGGAGGGUUUACGGUUGGGUUAUCUACGGGGCUAUAGCUUCCUGUGCCAGCCGGUCGACUACACACCGACCGAGGUACCGACAAUGAUAGCGCGCCGCUGCUACUAUUACUUUCUGGUAAAAGUGCUCGAUCUGCUCGAUACGAUCUUCUUCGUGCUACGGAAGAAGCAGAACCAGGUGAGCUUUCUGCACGUGUACCACCACACCGGCAUGGUGAUGCUGAUCUGGAGCGGCGUUAAGUGGUUCCCCGGUGGCCACGGUGUGUUUAUGGGCUUCAUCAACAGCUUCGUGCAUGUGGUCAUGUACUUUUACUACUUCCUCACCUCGGUUAGCCCCAAGUACAAGGGUAAUCUCUGGUGGAAAAAGUACAUUACUCAGCUACAGAUCAUCCAGUUCGGUAUGAUCUUCCUGCAGUGGUUCGUGCUGCUGUUCCAGCCCAACUGCACCUUCCCGAAGUGGCCACUGUUCGUUAUUCUGCCGCAGAAUCUGUUCAUGUUCUGCCUUUUCCUAGACUUCUAUUACCAGGCAUACAUUAAGAAGGCCCCGACGAAGGUAGCGGCGCAACAGCAUCAGCGGAUUGCGGUCAGUCACAGCACGACGCGGACGGGGCUGGAAAAGCGUGCUACUUCCUGAUGAGGUGUCGCCUCACUGGAAGAGUCGCUUCAUAUUCGCAUAUGUGUGUUCGUGUUCUGUAAAAAAAUACUAUCUAGCCAAUAAACGACUAAGCAAUGUGUGUGUAUGUCUGU